AUGCCACAAAAUCCCAAAGCAAGGUCGAAGGCAAAGGCAACUAACGAGCUUAGAUUACCACUUGCUCUUCAGAAUGAAAUAGAAGAAUCAAUGUUAGACGCUAGAAACUUUGACCAAAAGUUUAAAAAUCAAACUCGAGGAAGGAAAGAAAAAGCAUUAUUGUCACAUGCAGUAAAGAUCCAAAAAACAAAUAAAGGACCCGUUACUGCCAGUACAGAUAAGGACGAGGAUUCUUAUAAACGCAAAAUAUCAAAAAUAGUUCCUGCGCAAAAGCUAGAAAAAUUAUAUGAAACAAAUACAAAUUUUUUUUCAUUGUUGCAAGACGCAAAUCUUGUGAAUGCUAGUGAUAUUUUUUCAUCAAAACUUGUUAAAUCAUCUGAUACAGAGGAACGCGAAAUUAGACGUUUAGAAAAAAAAUUGGGAAUUAAAUCGAGUGGUAAAUUGACUAAAGCUUUUGCUGAAGAUGGAUUAGAUGAUUUACUAGAGGGAUUUGAGAUCGGCUCUAAAAGAUCAAAUUUAUCAAAUUUAUUGAACGAACUAAGUUCAGAGCAAAUUAAGGAUAAUGAUAAUGAUUUAGAAUUUGAGGAAUCGGAAUAUUCUGAAGACUGCAGUGUAAUUGACAAAACAAAUAAAGAUAACGAUGACGACAUUUGCGAAAUUAAUACGGUCGUUGAGGUUAAAGAAUCAGAUAAUGUUUCUAAUAAAAUUACGGAAGCUGGUAGUACCCAAGAAUUUCUGAACUCAUCGGAUCAGCUUGAACACGCCGCAAAAGUUGACACAGACAAGUAUAUUCCACCACAUACUCGUGAUAAACUUGCAACUUUAAGCGCUUUAGAAGCCAACAAAACUAAAACAGAACAACAAACAAGAUUACAACGCCAAUUACAAGGUUUACUAAAUAGGCAUACAGAUUCAGGCUAUCAACUUAAACAAGAUGACCCCUCCUCUUUGAAGGAAAUAAUUCAACAAGUUCAUGUCGAAAUAAGUAAGAAAGAUCCAAAAAGCUUGGUAUCACGUACAAAAUUUAUGAUCGAAACAAUCAUGAAUUUAAAAAACAAUCGUCUAAAACAACAAGAUGUAGCGACACAUAGGGAAUGCAUAUUAAAAAUGAAGAAAUUUCUUGUAAAUCUAGGCAAGAAGAUUCAUGUUCAAGCGACUGAAGCAAUAAGAGUUAAUCUUGAUGACAUUCGGUCAAUUGCUAUUAAAGGCAUGUUAAAUGGUUUAUUCUUCUUAAGUAAUCACAAUUUUAACACUUUUCAUUUUAAAGGAAAGUGGUGGAUUGUUGGCUCUGCUAAUAUGACUGAUAGCCAAUCCACCUCUACAACCAGAAAUACGGAAAAUAAUUCUGUUUUUGAGGCUUUUUUAAAUUUAGCCAAACAACAAAAAAUGAAUACUGAUGUUCGAAGAAGCAUUUUUAUAGUUUUAAUGAGCAGUGAGGAUUAUAUUGAUGCAUUCGAGAGAUUGUUGAAACUUGAUCUUAAAGAAGUUCAAGCGCGAGAAAUUCCUCGAGAAAACACACAUAAUCCAUACUAUUCUCUAAUUGCGCAACGUCUCUGUGACUAUGACCACAGCUUUAAAGUAACUUUUAAAUAUUGUUUAUGGGACUUUCUCAGAGAAUGUGGUGAAAUCGAUGUGGGUGGAAUUGAAAUGAUGAAGAGCAUAUCAAUUAAAAAUUCAUCUGAAAAAAUUCCACUGAAAAGAAUUGUCAAUUUAGCAAAGCUUUUUGCUUGGUUAAUUACUGUCACUUUUACUAAAUUGCAAUCUCAAAGCCGUUUAUUUUUCCAACAUCUUUUUUCGAAUAUUAUUUUAAUUCAAAACACAAACAAACGUAACCCUCAAUUGCUUUCAAAAAUUUUUAUAAUUACAGUACAUAUUCCAAUAUUAGCACAUGGAAUUAUGUUUUUUUUACAUCAUUUUGUUAAAUCAGGAGAUAUUAUUAAAGAGGAAGAAAAGGAACUAGUUGAGUGGGGAUGUGAUGUAAUUAAAAAAGCAAUACAGCUAAGUCUGAGUAUAGACAAAACUUUGUAG